AUGGCUACAGCAACAGGACUACUACCAUUCUUUGCCACCUUCAUGGGAGUCAUGAUCAUCCUAUUUCUAAAUUUGAAAGACGUCUCUGGUGAGGAUCUUGAAUUAGACUCUGCAAAAUGUAGAUCAAGAGCUUGGCCGCCGCCUCAAUGUCCACCAAAUAAUCUAUUCAAUAAGAAAGCGUUCGCUUGUACAGACAAUUUCAUUGGAAGAUGUGUUCCUCAUGUGCAUGAUGCAUGUUGUGAUUGUUUUUGCAAACACUAUGGCAGUUCAAAAGGAGGGUUUUGUAAAACUCUUAGAUGGAAACAACCAUCACCACAUAAUUUUUGUCAUUGCUAUUGUUAG